ACAUAUUGAACAUUGUGACAGGUACAUAUGGUUCCGAAGAGAUCUGUCGUUGGUAGCGUGUGUUCUUGGAACAGGCGGAAGAAGCCUUCAACGCAGCUUAAAAGCGAGCAGAGUGAACAGUCAAACUGCGCACCAAAAUUACCAUGUAUUCCUCUCUCUCAUUUAUCCUUGCCUCCCUUGCCUCCCUGGCAGUGGGUGUCCAACUAGUCAUCGAACCUUCUUGCGGGGCCCUCUUCGGUACUGUCGCUGACCUCAACGCCGGUCUUGGAUCGUUAAGCUCAUACAGUACUAUCGUCGCGUUUGGAGAUGGUUACACCGAUGGUGGAAAGGAGGACGGUUCAGCGCUCGACCCGGCCAUCCAAGAUCUCCCAGACCCGAAGGCUGGAGGUCGUUUAUCCAACGGCCCACUUUGGGUGGAGAACCUGGCUUCCGAUGUUAACGCGACACUCAAGGAUUACGCCGUUACCGCAACCGUUGUUGAUCAUACGCAAUACCCUGCAUUUACUUUCUCAGAUACUAGAGAUUUUGUAUACCAAAACAACUACGUCAUUUCCUCGCGCAAUAAGCCCACUUCCGAUGAUACAUUGUAUAUUGUCUUUGUUGGGAUGGAGGACUUUAUCCGUGCUGAUGCUUCAACUUUCCCCGGAAUAGCCAGCGACGUCGUAUACGAAUUGCUUUUGAUGACAGACUCGCCCUUAUUUGCCAAGAACAUUCUCAUCGUAGACAACUACGGCCGAGGGAACGCGACUUCGUACGGAAACGAAUACAAGCAGAGCGUCUUUGACGGUCUAGGGACGUUGUACUCGAAGCGGGGAGCGAACGUUGGCUUCGUCGACCUUGGGAAUCUCUGGGCUGCAGUACUCGGCACAAACCCCGGUUAUGAAGCAUUUGGGUAUGUGAGCCCCGGAGCGUGUACUGUUAAUGACACGACUACGGUGGGUCAAUGCGACAACCCCGACGAGACAUUUUACUAUAUUCCGAAUUAUCCUUCUGCAGUGACACACCGACUGAUGGCUGACUACAUUGAAGCUGUGUUGGAGCAAUGUCAGUAAUAUCGAUCAUGGGCCAUCAAAUAUCUUAAAAUAAAGUCUGGGCUACUUAUGUGACUUUGAAUAAUGUAUUUUUGUAGUCUUCCUAUUUGUUUGAGUGUCAAAGGAAGAGAACUUCAAGAAGCUUAGAAAACCAGGAAUCGUAAAUGAUCGUGGUCACGGUUU